ACAAUUUAGCCGUGUUUAAGCUGCUGAGUAGCAUGUCAGAAUCCCUCAACUGCCCCCUCUCCCGUGUUUUGACGGUGGCGGCGACACAGACUCUAACAUAUAAAUGUAAUUACAGAGGUUCGAGCCCAGAUGGAUUGCCAUGGCAUGUAAAAUGAUGACCCAUUUGCUGCAAAUGAUUCUUAUCUUAGUUGCAUGGAAGAGAAUUUACAUCUUGUAGCCAAAAAAAGAGAUUUUAGUUUGAGAAGUGUCAAUGGGUAUGCCAAUGUCUGAAAUCAAGAAGGUGCAGCAGGUUGUGGCAAAUAACAGAAUCACUUCUCUGCUGAUACUAGCCACUGCUGUGUCUCUCAUCAUUUUCUGCUCUUUUCUGCCCUCCUCUUCUGACCAUGAUGAUUAUGAACAGAGUUCCAUAGUCAAUUUUGGCUUUAACUUGCCUCACCCCUGCUACCACCAUGAUAACUUCACUCCAAAUUGCUCUGAAAUAACAGGGGAGAGCAGUAAUAGUAACAUGAAUGUUUCAGGGGAGGUCCAUGAUGGAAUUGAGGGACUAAAAAAUGGAAGCAGUUCCCAAGAGUUUGAGAAGGUGACCGAGUUUGGUAAUGCCCACCAAAACUCAUCCCCACCAGUGAUACAGUUAAAAGAAGCAGCAGCUACUGUGGAAAUAAUAGAGGAGAGCAGCAACAGUAACAUGAAUGUUUCAGGGGAGGUUCAUGAUGGAAUUGAGGGAUUAAAAAAUGGAAGCAGUUCCCAAGAGAUUGAGAAAGUGACAGAGUUUGCUAAUGACACCCAAAAUUCAUCCCCACCAGUGAUAAAGUUCAAAGAAGAAGCAGCUGCUCUGGAAAGUGAUUUUUCAAAGGAAGAAACAGGGGAUGGGUUGGCAGACACAGAAUGGAAAAGGGCACAAAUGACAGAAUUUUCCCAGUGUGACUUGUAUUCUGGCAAAUGGGUGUAUGAUGAAUCUUACCCUCUUUACCCUGCUGGGGAAUGCCCAUAUAUGAGUGCAGAUUUUAACUGUCAAGGCAAUGAGCGUCAGGACACAGAGUAUACAAAAUGGAGAUGGCAGCCUUCACAAUGUGAUCUUCCCAGAUUGAAUGCCACGGACUUGCUAGAGAGAGUGAAGGGGAAGAGAGUGAUGUUCAUUGGGGACUCCAUCAAUCGCAACCAGUGGGAAUCCAUGCUCUGCAUUCUGGGAACUGUUGUGCCUCAGAACAGGAAAUCUUUUGGCCGUUCCCAAGAUGGCGGUAGCACUUCUUUUGUAGUUCAGGAUUAUAACUGUUCUUUUGAAUUUUUCUGGGCGCCCUUUUUGGUGGAACAAGGCAGCGUCAACAAUGGCAAUAUCAGUAAGGAGAUACUGAAGUUGGAUGCCAUUGAAAAGCAUGGAGCUUAUUGGAGAGGUGUGGAUAUCCUGGUCUUCAAUUCAGCUCACUGGUGGACGCAUGGAAAUAAAGUGGAGUUAAGAAAUUUCUACAUGGAGAGCAACUACCUUCACCCAGAAUUAGAUCCAAUGGUUGCCUUCAAAAGAGGGUUGACUACAUGGGCCAAUUGGAUAGAUCAAAAUAUUGACCCAGCUAAAACCAAAGUGUUCUUCAGAGGAUUUUCUCCCAUGCAUUUCAGUUCAGAACAGUGGAAGAAUCCUAAGGGUCACAAGUGUAAUUUUGAAAUGGAGCCAAUUCUUGAGGAGUCAUAUGUAAAUCCAUAUCCUGAAAGAAUGAAAAUAGUGGACGAGGUGCUGGAAAAGAUGAGAUUUCCUGUAUCUCUGAUUAAUAUAACAAGGCUAUCAGAUUUUCGCAAAGAUGCACAUCCAGCUAUUUACAGGCUAAGAGGAGGGAAGAAGCUGACUGCAGAGCAGAAAAGGAAUCCAGACAAUUUUGGUGAUUGCAGCCAUUGGUGUUUACCAGGAUUGCCUGACAUUUGGAACGAGUUAUUCUAUGGGAAACUGCUCAUGCUCACUUAGAUCGUCCCUUCUCAUUGUGAGAAGUAUACUAUUGCCCCUAACAUUUCUUAAUUGAUUGUAACUGUUCUUAAUAAAUCUCAUUCCUUAUUAUGUUCUA